GAUUCUUAGAAAAGCUGACACGCAGCUUUGUGCAAGAAAAGGGAUUGGCCGCCAUAACUCACACGGACCUUUGUACCGCCUUCGUUGUCUUACGCGUUGUGUCGGAAUAAACCAACGCACAAAGGACUUGUCUGAGUUUGGAGAGGAGUUAAAGUUCAGGGGCCUAUGAAGAGAAGAUAAGUCUAACUAAAAUUUGGUCAAACCAAAUUAUAGUUCAAAACAGCUCACCCGGCUCGGUUAGCCUUUGGAGGCGCUGCGGUUAGAGGCUAGCAAAGCCAAGGGCAGCUGUUGCCAGAACCUGUUGGCAGAGGAGUUUAAAGUGUACCCGCAACAGGUGGCGGCUGCUGCUGAGCGUGCGCUUGUGAGAAAGAAUGGCGACUGCAUGCAGAAAACUCCUGCAAAGCAGGCAAGUGGGAACUCUUCUCAUUUUCCUGUGCUUAUCUGUGGGGGGUGCGGCAACCAUUCGCUAUUCGGUGGCAGAGGAGAUGGAGAGCGGCUCGUUUGUAGCUAAUGUGGCUAAGGAUCUGGGGCUGGAGGUAGGGAAGCUGGCUGCGCGUGGGGCGCGGCUUGUUUCCGAGGGCAAUAAACUGCAUUUCCGGCUCCACCGCAAGACAGGGGAUCUGUUCGUGAAGGAGAAACUGGAUCGGGAGUCACUCUGUGGCAAAGCUGACCCAUGCGUUCUGCACUUUGAAGUAGUCCUGGUGGAGCCACUGCAGUCCUUUCGCGUGGAGGUCAGGGUAUUUGAUAUCAAUGACAAUGCCCCGGUUUUCCUAAACAAGGAGCCUCUGUUAAGGAUUCCGGAGAGCACCCCCCUGGGUUCACGCUUUCCUCUGCAGAGUGCCCAGGAUCUGGACGUCGGCCUCAACGGUCUCCAAAACUACACCCUAAGCACCAAUGAGUAUUUCCACCUGCACACCCGCUUCCGCAGCCACGGGCCCAAGUAUGCCGAACUAGUGCUGGAUAAACCCCUGGACAGAGAGGAGCAGCCGGAAGUCAACAUGACAAUUACAGCUGUGGACGGAGGGUCUCCACCCAAAUCUGGCACCGCCCACAUCCGGGUGGAGGUUCUGGACGUCAACGAUCACGUGCCCCAAUUCUCUCGACUGGUGUACCGCGCUCAGGUACCAGAAAAUAGCGCCAACGGUUCCCUGGUGGCUACGGUGACUGCCACCGACCUGGACGAGGGCUCCAACAAGGAGAUAACUUACUCGUUAGCUCAAAAUCCAGAAGUAAUUCUCCAGACAUUUCAGAUUCACUCUGAAACUGGAGAGGUUCGACUAAGAGGGCCCCUAGAUUUUGAAGCGAUUGAAACAUACGACAUUGACAUUCAAGCUACCGAUGGAGGAGGCCUCUCUGCCCACAGCAAAGUCCUGGUGGAAGUGGUGGAUGUUAAUGACAAUCCUCCUGAAGUUACAGUCUCCUCUGUGUCCAGCCCUCUCCCUGAGGACUCUCCACUGCAGACUGUCGUGGCCCUUUUCUCUAUCCGAGACCGGGACAUUCGAGUGGGAGGAAAAAUCACCUGCUUCCUCAAAGAAGACCUUCCCUUUGCAGUCAAACCUACAUUCCGGAACUCCUACUCACUGGUCACUGACAGAGGCUUGGAUCGGGAGGAGGUCUCUGGCUAUAAUAUCACCCUUGUUGCCAUGGAUACUGGACCACCCACUCUGUCCUCAGAGACUGUGAUAGAGGUGCUAAUAUCAGACAUUAAUGACAACCCCCCAGUAUUUCAGGAAGAUUCCUACAUCUUGACUGUUAGAGAAAACAACAGCCCUGCAGUUUUUAUUGGCAAAGUCCGUGCUGAGGAUCUAGAUUUGGGUGAGAAUGCCAAAGUAACAUAUUCCCUGUUGCCUCCAAAAAGUGGAGAUCUAUCAGUCUUUGCUUACAUCUCCAUAAAUUCAGACAAUGGGAAACUCUAUGCACUGAGAACGAUGGAUUAUGAGGCCAUUCAAGAUUUUCAGUUUGUGGUAAAGGCAACUGAUGGGGGCUUCCUGUCACUGAGUAGCCAGGUUACUGUCAGAGUGGUUGUCCUGGAUGACAAUGAUAACCGUCCAAUGAUCUUGUACCCACUGCAAAAUGGCACUUUGCCCUGCAAUGACCUGGUGCCCAGGUCUGCAGAGACAGGCUACCUGGUGACCAAGGUGGUGGCAGUGGAUGGUGACUCGGGUCAGAAUUCUUGGCUUUCAUAUCAUCUAUUUAAAGCCACUGACCUUGGGUUAUUCUCUGUUCAGCAACAAAAUGGGGAAAUCCGUACAUUGCGGCAGGUAUCUGAGAGAGACCCCAUGAUGCAGAAACUGGUCAUUCUUGUUCAGGAUCAUGGCCAACCAGCUCUUUCUACUACUGCCUCACUUAACAUUCUCCUGGUAGAUGGCUUUUCUGAGCCCUAUCUGCAGUUUCGGGAUACAUUUAAGCAUCCUACAAGAGUAAAUCCAUCCACUAAAUAUUUAGUCAUUUCUCUGGCUGUGCUUUCCUUUCUCUUUCUCCUCUCUGUCACAGUGAUCUUCAUUAUACAUAUCUGCCAGAAGAUUAAACACAGAGAAAAGUUCACAAUUCAAGAGCAUUUCUAUGAUGACUGCAAUUUCUCUAACAACCUGGUACAAGGAGGAGCCAGUGGACCCAUAUCACAGCCUUGUCCCUAUGAGACGUGCUCAGCCACUGGCACUAGCAAUAGUGAGUUCCGGUUUCUUAAGCGCUUUAUGCCCAACUUCCCUUUCCCCCAUGGAACUGGAGACGCAAAAACAGAGGCUGGCUCCAGAUUACCACCAGAUUCUGAUAGGAACAGGUCUCGGGGGUCAGAGGGCCAUGCCCAAGUAUCUGAUGACUAUAUGUAACCAUUACCCAUGUCUUCUGUGGAAGUUCACUAGUUCUGGCUCUGGAAACACUUAGUUCCACAGAGAUACCGUGUUGUUUUGCCUUUAAGUUAUUUUCUAUUAGAAAGUUACACAUGGUUAGGGGAAGAGAACUAGCUUCUAGUUUUGAUGUAUCAGAAAGCAAUUAGGUUGAGAAGUAGAAAUAUAGUUUGUCAUUAUUCAGAAAUUUCUAGAUUUUUGUCCCUUGAUGAGUAGAGAUCAUUUCUGAAUCAAUGUCUUGUACCACAAUCAUGCAAAUGUCUGGUGAAUGGUGGUCCUCAAUAGAUAACCAGAUGGUAGGAAGAAUAAAGAAGAAAAAGGAUUUGCCGUAUUUACAAAUAUAAAGGCAGAUAUAAGGAAGGCUAAAGAGAUUCAGUUCAGGAAUGUUUGGUAAAAUUAAGUUAGACUUCUUAAUGGUUGUUGAGGAGCCUUAGGCCAGUCUUAGGUCUCUUUAUACCUAUCUCAUUGCUCAUCAGAGAACAGUUAUCUAAAUGUGGAGAAUGAAAAGUGGAUGAGGAAAAAUACAGACUACAACAGGUAGAUUUACAAAAGAUUUUAAAGGAAAAAGAAUUCAUUAAUAUCAACUAAGUGGCCUUAAAGAAAGAUUUUCACCUAUUAUCAGAGUUGAUCUUAAGCCAUUUUCCCUUCUGAGCAUGCUGAUGUGAUGACAUACAUGGAAACUAAGAAAGAGGUAGUUCCUAGCCUAUCAUUCAUAAAAUGGAGUAGGGAAUCAAAUUCAAUUUCUUUUUGAUCAUCACUGUUCUGCAUUUAUAAGCUAUUUUAAGUUCUCUCAUUCUAAACUUAGAAAAAGAAAAUAUUAACAUAUUUCAAGGAUACAAUUAGCAUUACCAAUUGUGCCUUAACUAAGAGUUUGCUUUAAUGAGUCUUUAGUUAUGUACCUUAUUUUAUAUAACAUGUAAAUGCAGACCCACAAGGGGUAUAAGCACAAUAUUUGUACCUGGUAUUCCAAGGGUAGAGCAGUACCUCUAGUUUGGGCAAAUAGCUUCAAUUACCUAUUUAACUUUGAAAUGCAUAUAUAUAUAUAUAUAUAUAUAUAUAUAUAUAUCUACAUUUCUACUGGAAGUUUCGAGUUACAACUAAAGCUUUUUAAAAGGAUUUAAAUUCCUUAUGAGAUAAUUUUAGACUCAUAAAACUGCAAGAAUAGUAUAGAGUUAUCAUAUACUCUUCACCUGGCUUCCCUUAAUGUUAUCAUCUUACAUAACCAUAGCACAGUCAACAAAAUUAAGAAAUUAAUGUUGGUACAAUUCUAUUAACUAAACUACAAAUGUUAUUCAGAUUUUACCCUACUGUCCUUUUUCUUUUCAAGGAUCCAAUCUAGGAUCUUACAAUGAAUUUAGUUUCUACCAUCCACCAUCAUCCCUUAACCUUUUGUCUUUCAUGACCUUGAGACUUUUGAAGAGGACUGGUCAGUUAUUUAUAAAAUGUCUCUCAAUUUCUUCCAGUUACAUUGAGGUAUAAUUGACAUAGCACUGUUUAAGGUAUACAGCAUACGAUUACCACAAUAAGCUUAUUGUUAACAAAUAUGUCCCUCAACUUGACAUUGUCUUUGUUUUCUCAUAAUUAGAUUGUUCUGCAUUACUGGAAAGAAUAUUACAGAAAUGAUACUGUGACCUUCUCAAUCCAUCAUAUCAGGGGGUACAUGAUGUCAAAAUGUCUUAUCUGGUAAUGUUAAUAUUUUUUUUUUACUGUGGUAGAAUAUUAACCAUUUUUAAGUAUAUAAUUCAGUAGUGUUAAAGUGAUGUCAAUCUUGAGGACUUGGUUAAGAUAACAUCUGUCACAUUUAUUUACUGUAAUGUUACUAUUUUUCCUCUUAUAAUUAAUAUGGGGAGAGAUACUUUGAAACUACAAUGCAAAUAUAAUGUUUUUACUUUAACUUUUGCCCACUAAUUUUAGUAUCCAUUACUGGCUGUUUCCUGUGGCAAUUAAUAACUGUGGCAGUGAAUGGUGAAUUUCUGAUUCCUUUUACACUAAUUAACUGAAAUUCUUUAAGGAAUACUUGUCACUUCUCCUACAUUUACAUUUUACUCAUUUCUUUAUAUAUGGAUUCAUGGACAUUUACUAUAUUAUUUGAACUAUAACCCAAUGCUACCAUUUUAUGAGCAAACUCUUAUGUGGGAUGAAGAGCAGAUUUUUAAGCCUGGAAUUAUCCAUAUAGAGCACAAUUUAUUCAAAAUGAGUAUUUCUUUGUAAUACUAUGUUACAUUAUCUUAAAGCACGCAUAAAAAUCUUUUGUUUAUGUUUAUUUAUAAUGUUUUAACUUUAAAUGAAAAUUACAUUAAUUUGAUCUGAAAUUUCCAUUAGUUAUAAAAUUAAUAGCUAUUAACUGAAAAUUUAAAAUCAGACAUUUAUAUAUUUAUAAGCUAAGUAUAAUAAAGAUGUCA